UGAUCUUAUAUUUAAACGUCGCGACGCUGCACGUCGUCGUACUUCUUCGCAGUGCUAAAAAUAAAAGUCGUCAGCUGAUCACAAUGUGUCUACGCCUCGAAAUCAGCGACGACACCAGACACUUAUCGCUUUGGUGUUAACCAUCGCGACGCCCAGCAUGGACGGCUUUCUGCGGGUUAACUCGUCGACCAGUGGUAACCUACCACCGUCACCGACCAAUCUGUUCUUGGCUGAUGAGGUGGCAUCCACGUGCCCACUGAUAACACCCUCACCACCCACCAAUGACCUCAUCAACCCUUUACCUGAACCACCCGAACCUCCAGCGUUUAUCAUCGGUGCGGAAUUGGCUAGUAAAUUACAAUCUGUCAAAGAUGAUGAUCAUAAAACAGCUGAUUCCGGCUCUUCUAGUUCAUCCAUCGCGGCGGAACCUGUGUGUACUCAACUCCUGAACCAUCGACAUUACCAACAUAUCACUAAGAAUGAAGAAUCCACCGCGCAGGACACCAAUGGAAAGGUACAACCGAUGCAGUUGACGUUUCGUAACCCGCCGGAUGAUUACCACUUCAUGAAAUGGAACUGGCCUUUGAUUAGAAAGAUUUCCACUUGGUCCUUUCUAGCCGGGUUGGUGGCGAUGACUGCGUUGGUUAUUACGAUGAUCUCCACUUUACCGAAAACCUGCAAUCCACAAACGCAAUGGUAUCAAGGACAAGUCUUCUAUGAGAUAUUCCCGGCGAGUUUUCAUGAUACUGACAAAGAUGGCGUUGGGGACUUGACUGGUAUAACCUAUUACGCUAAAUAUUUACAGGAUAUGGGCGUUGGGGCCGUGCGACUUAAUUCUAUUUUCCAUUCACAUCAUUAUCCGGAAGAUUAUGAGAAUCUGACGACUUUAUUGGAGAUUGAUCCAAAGUUGGGGACAUUGAAUAAUUUUAAGAUUCUGGUUGAUGGGUUACACCUUAGGAAUAUUUCAUUGGUGUUGGAUUUACCUCUGUAUCCGUUUGUGAAGAAGUUAAACUCACAUAAAGUGCAGGAGUUUAACGAUUCAGAUGCUAAUCUUGAUAAUUUGGUUUUCGACGUGCCAAGACCCGAGAAUCCUAAUACUGAUGAAGUGACAGAGGCCAUUUUGUUUUGGUUGCAAUACGAUGUUGGGUUUUAUCUAAAAGGCUUGGAGCAUUUUGUUGAUGAUCCUAACUUUCCAUAUUCACUGCGUCGUUGGAAGAAGCUGAUUGGUCCGGAUAGAUGUUUGAUUGUUUCUGACAAGGUGUACAAACAAAUGCCUACCUUAUGGAUGAACACACUUUUGCUCAACGUGGAUCUCAUCGAUGUGAAAUUCAAAGUAGAAGAUGGCGUCGAAACGAUUCGUGACCAACUCAACGCUAUACAAAACUCAACACUUUUCUCAAAACCUUCAAUGCCAUGGAUACAUUGGUCUAUUGGUGACUUAUACUCAGUCCGGCUUGCAAAUCGUCUGCAUUUUAGUAAUGCUACUUUAGGUGCAACAUUAUUACAACUAAUGCUCCCUGGCACUCCGAGUAUUUUCUACGGUGAUGAGAUUGGCAUGAGGCAAAUACGUGAUCAUUACAACGACGCACCGGACGUCCGCCAUUUGCAUCACCUAGGCGCCAUGAUUUGGUCUGAUAACACUGGAAGUAAAUCAUUCACCGAGCGUGGAAUUCUACCAUGGAUACAAGGCAGACAAUCACACAGUUCUCUCAAACAAGUGGAGUUGAUUGGUAAAAUGAUUAAGUUAAGGAAGGAAUCACCGUCGAUCUAUGUGAAUUCCGUGAUGAAAGAUGGCGAAAACAAAGCGAACAGUGAGGUUAAGUACUCACGAGGUAAUCUAUUGGUGAUUCAGAGAUAUUAUCCGAGGAGGAGGGCGUUUGUAAUCGUUAGUAAUCUCGGCGAGAGGCCAGAGCAAGCUGAUUUGUCGAAGUUGUUGUACAGUGGGGAUGUUUUGGUUGGGCCACAGGCGGAUUCCAAGUCGGAAUCAAUCAGUUUCAAGGAUAUUUCACUCUGGCCGGGGAAUCUGUUGUUAUUGUAUUGGAUUAAACUCAAAAUUCAACUUCCACAAGAAAAUCGAAGGUAUUUAAAGUAUAACUUAUUGAAACUUUGUUGGAAUGUAAUAAAGUGUAUAAAAAUGAAUCGAAAAUCUGUUGGUAAGCGCAUAACUCAACAACGCCUUCACGAAUUUGCCCAAUUCUUUUUUUAAAUGUUUGUUAAAGUCCAAGGAUGGUUUUUACAGCGUGAAAAAUUGGAAUAAUUGCCGGGAAAACCCUAAAGACAGCCUUUUUCUAUAGGAUAAAAGUUGGCAUUGAGAUUCAAUCAUAGUUAUAGUUAAAUAGUUGAAUCCGAGAUGGCGCGCUGAAGUGCAUUAUUAGCAAUCCCUACUAAUAUUAUAAAUGCGAAAGUCCUGAUGUUUAUCAUGCUUUCACGCAAAAACUACUUAACAGAUCAUCAUGAAAUUUUGUACACAUAUUCUUAGU